UGAAGGACUCCUCCUAACAGCACUAUAUAUAAAUGCCCUCGGAGAGGAAGAAGUGGGCAAGAAAGCAAGAAGAGACACAACACAGCAGCAUCACCCGCUUCGCUUGGAGUUUACUGUGAGGUGCAGGUUGUAAGAUGGCGUUGAAUGAGUCUGGUACCCAAAAGGUCUCUAGUGUAGGUCUGAUUCAAAAUGGAAGGAAUGGCGCUCUAACAUUUGUGAAGUCCCACGACUUCCAAGGUCGGAUCGGAGCAAUCCCGUAUCCUCAGGAGAUUCCAGAUGGCCAGUGGGCAGAAUUUGUGCACUCCGGCUACGUUGGAACCACCCCUGAAUCUAUCGGCGCUGUCGUCUAUCGUUGCAAGAAUCCGGACGGGCAACAGUGUGAUUGGAUGAUAUGUUGGUUGAACAAACAUGGGGAUAACUCACGACGCAAGGUUCAUACUGAGAUCAAGGAAACCGGCCAUUAUGACAGAGAUAAUAUUUGGAAGGACGUUAAAAUUGCGUUGACCACUAGGGGAGCUCGUCACAGCGAGGCACAGUCGGGGAACUGGUCAGCCACUGUCGAUAUCUAUGCGGCGCCAAUUAAUGACUGCGAUGCAUUCGCCAUAUUCCAAGGAAUAAUUCAAGCAAACUAGAAAGUUUCGACUUAGUCGACAUGCUCAUCCAUCAAAUGCAGCGCCAACGGUCUCUCUCUCUCUCUCUCUCUCUCUCUCUAUAUAUAUAUAUAUAUAUGUAUGUAUGUAUGCAUGUGUGGGCGAUGCAUGUACGUACUAUAUGGUGUGUUAAUGGUUAAGGUUUGUAACAAAUAAUUAAUAGCAUCAUUGUGUGUGUGUGUGUGUUGAUGCUAUUAGCAUGAUGCCAUGUUUAAUGGUGUCAUAGUUAAUAAUGUAAUGUGUGAGAUGUUGUUGUGUUAUAUAUUUAGCUUGAAUAUAUUAAUGAUGAUUAUAUAUGA